GGAAAAGCGACGCAAGCAGCCGGGACGCCAUUUGCUGCGGCCGAGCGUGGGCUCAGGCGGAUUUAGGAAGAACUCGGCCGUGAGGCUCCCGCGCACGCGACCCGGCCUCCCCCGCCUGCUUGAUACCGCGCGGUCCCACGGGUCGCCCCUCGCGCCCCUCGGAGGAGUCGCCACCGCCGCCGCCACCACCACCACCGCCACCGCCAACCGGAUAGGAGUCGGAGACACCGCGAGGCCGCACUCACCGCCAUGCCCAAGAAUAAAGGUAAAGGAGGUAAAAAUAGGCGCAGAGGUAAGAACGAAAAUGAAUCUGAAAAAAGAGAGCUGGUGUUCAAAGAAGAUGGACAAGAGUAUGCUCAGGUAAUCAAAAUGUUGGGAAACGGACGAUUAGAAGCCAUGUGUUUUGAUGGUAUGAAGAGGUUAUGUCACAUCAGAGGGAAAUUGAGAAAAAAGGUUUGGAUAAAUACCUCGGACAUCAUAUUGGUCGGUCUACGAGACUACCAGGAUAAUAAAGCUGAUGUAAUUUUAAAAUACAAUGCAGAUGAAGCUAGAAGUCUGAAGGCGUAUGGCGAGCUUCCAGAGCAUGCUAAAAUCAAUGAAACUGAUACCUUUGGACCUGGAGAUGAUGAUGAAAUCCAGUUUGAUGACAUUGGAGAUGAUGAUGAGGACAUCGAUGAUAUCUAAGUCGAACUCCACAUUUUACAUUCCAGUUUCUCUGAGGAUUGUUCAACAAUUUGGAAUUUGGCUGUGACCUGUUAAAGAAGAUUAAAAUUUCAUUAGCAUGAGUGCAAUUUGUUAAAGGAGACUGGUUUGUUUCUAAGAUAUUUCUUUAAAAACUGGUAAUGCUGAAUUCUCUUAAGUGAAAUGUUAAGCCCACUUUGUUCUUUUGAUGUGGUGGAGCUUAUGGGUAAAAGACUACAUCUGCUUUUUUAAAAAAGAGAAGAAAAUGCAUUACUGCCUUUCCUACUCUGACCACUUCCAGUAAGUAAAUAGAUGUGUUGAAUAAACCAUUUGCCCUACACUCAUUAUGAGUUAUGAUUAAGCCCUAGUCUUGACUAGCCUAUUGAUUGUACAGUGACUUUCUGUAUAUUCCAGUUACCUAGAUGUUCCCUUGAGAUUUUAAUACAGUUUAAGAAAGGCAGAAAUCUGCAUUUGAAGUCAAAAAUGAUUAGGUCUGUUUUUCAUAUUAAAGUAGCAUGUGGCUAUUUUUAUACUAAUUUUGAUAUCAUGUACAUUCUUUUCAUUAUCUUUUUGCCACUAUAAACGUAUCAACAAAAAAGCAUUUCCGAAAUGCAGGUUUUAGAACCUGGGUUUUAAUAGCAAGUUUGAAUUUGUAAGGUUAGUAGUUGCAGAAAUUGAACACUAGGUGGCACCCAGUUAUCUUAACAUUGGAAAUAUUGGUAUUGUCCACUUUUUUUUUUAAUUUGCAAGGGAAAUUUCCAAAACAAGAGAAGAUUGUUUUGAUUAUAUGCAUGUAUGUAGAAUACUUUUACAGAACAAAAAGAUUAUGUUAAAAGUCAUUUUAUUUCAGAAGUCAUAUACAUGUAAGGUAUAAUUUUGAGUGCUUUAUAAACACUUAACUUAUGUAUAAAUGAAAUUUUAGUUUCAUAACAACUUGUAUGAAUUAAGCCUUUUCAAACUAUCCCUAAGCUGGGGAAAGAGGAGGGAAUAACUUAAUGAAGAGACGGUCUCCAAUUUCUGAAUGGAAGAGCUUCAGCUGAGAAAUAUAAUAAAGACAAUGUCAUGCUGCAGAGUAUCUUAUACCCUUACUUUGUGUUUAGGAUGUAUUUUAUUGUGUGUACAGAUUUUUUUGCUUGUAUUUUAUUGGAAAUUUAGAUUUCACCCUGCCUUAUUUAGUUUUUCAUUAUCACCUCUAGUAAGAUGAAAUGAAGGGCUGGGCUAGUUAGACCUCUGUAGCCACAUUGAAAUCGUAUGCAGCUUCAAAAGAAGAGAUCCGUUGUGUAGCUUGUGAAGGCUUUAUUAUUGGUCUCCAGAGAACUUUUCAGUGAUGAAAAGUAAUACAAAGGGGGAUUAACCUUCAUGUGGCUUCAAAAAACAAGCCAAUCUUCUCUAAUCCCACACUUAGUAUAAUUUCCUUUCCUAAGUGUGCAAGCUCCAGAGUGAAAAUCUGAGGUACUAUAAAACAUUAUUAAAUCAAAGAAUAGAAAUUAAGAGUGGACAGUUGCAGUUCAUGUUUCUAAUUCGGUGGAGUUCCUGAACACUUACCUAGAUGGAAUGCAUCUGAAACCAUGGGCUGGUUUUUAAUACUUUUAAGAAACCAGCCUUGAAGAAUGGACUUAGUGAUUGUCUUCAUCAGUAAUCUAAACCUCCUAAGAUAUUUAGGCUUCUGUACAUAAAAUUGUUUUGCUGAAUUUAUAGUAUAUAUAGCUCCUUCCAUGUUAUUUUACCAAGAAUGUUUUAACUCUGCAUCUGUAAUACAGCUCAUGGUAGGAAUGGUGCAACUCAAACAUUAGUAUUUUUCUACUUACCUUCUCUAACAAAUAUGGUUUGUCUACAGAUUCUAUAAAUUACAACUAUGACCCCAAUUCAUGUGUUUGCUAGUGACUUGUUUUGUUUUGUUUUGUUUUGUUGCCUAGGUAGUAACAGCUCAAUCUAGUGCUGUUGCCUCCUGGAAAAUCUCGAAUCAUAAUGAUUAAAAUAGUUGGGGUAAAGUGGUAGCUCAUAUGCAACACUACUUGGAGGAAUUAUUUUACUAACUUGUCUUUAAUGUGGAAAUUGUAUAGUUUCAUUGAUUUGAUUAUAUUU